CCGGUCUCUCUGUACGCCCCCACGAGCCUUUUAAGGGCAAACGAACGAACAGUCAACCGUCGUGCGGAGAGGUUUUUCCUGACCUCUCCGGACAAGGCCUGAUUGGGGAGGCUUCUGGCUCAACCUCGGUCUCGGCACCUGGUGGAGGAGCCACACUCACCCCGAUUUCUUUUUAGGUACGCGGCAACUUCGUCUCAGUUGCACGCACACCUUGUUACGCCUUCUCAUUGGCUCCCAUGACAUCCAAGUCUGUCACGAAGAUGUCGAACACCACGUUUUCAUAUGCGCAAGCUGCGAAAGGACACACCGUCAUCCAGUCGAGCCCACAGCCCACUCUCAGUCCAGCACCGCCUUCGACAAGUUCGCAAGGGAGGGACGAUGCGACCACCGCCACAAAUUCGGUGACGGCGCCAUCCAUCACAUCCAAUGAUUCGGAUGUUCGUGAUACUGGAAAACUCACCCAAUCUGAAGGAGAAUCCACCCUCACGAAGCAGUCCUCGGACAUUGCUCCCAUCACCGGAGAUUCUGCACAUGCUGAGCCGAAUCCCCCCAUUGAGCAGCCAUCACCCGCUCUCGCCAAUGGGGAGACAGCCCCGAUCGAGUUGGUACAAGACCUGCCUCGAUCCGCUAGCCAAACUUCACGGUCAGCUUCGGACGUCGAUGCCAGGAAAGUCCGGAAGAGCAAGAAAUCUAAGAAUUCCGACAAGGACACUGAUGCCGAUAAGGAUCAAGAGGAAGAGAAGGAGAUGGAGCCAGCGAAACUAGUCCUGCUCUCUGAAGCUCCGAUACCCGCGGUCAACAUCUGGCAGAAGCGGAGAGAAGCCCUAGCGGCCAAGGGCAAGCCAGGCCCGGUCACCAGCAGCUCAGCGGCUGCAGUAGCCACCAUCAUUUCGAGUGAAGAGCCAAAGAGACGCAGCACCGUGGAAGGCAUCGAUACCCUAGGAGCGCCGCAGAAUGGCGCGAAUGGAGAGAAAUCCCAGAGGAAGUCUGCCGAUUUCUCCCGUGCUGCUGAACAAGUGCCCCGAAGAAGUGGGCCUCGGGGUGCUCGUACCGGCGAGUCGGUACCAUCUGUUUCAGAUUCGGCUUCAUGGCCCGACCCCAAGUCUGCUGCCACGUCCGAGGAAGGGAAGCGAAAGCCCCUAGACAAGGUCGAGCGGUUAGACAAAGAGAAGGAAGGCCAGGAUGAGACCGGCCCGGGCAAGCGCCAAAAGGAGAAGUGGGUGUCUAUCCCUUACGUGCCGACGGUCAACUUCCAGACUCCCAUUCCCCAGCGGGGCUCCAAGCCUCGGGGUGGUGCCCGAGGCGGACGUGACGCAGGCGGGAGAGGAGGACAUAGCUCUGCUGUGACUGCUGGUAAUGCUUCGGCCACCAGCCCUGCCACUGAUAAGGCCCCGGCAGCAGCCGGUGCCACGGUGGCCAAGGAGGGCCGUCCACGGGAAAGCAGUGGCCCGACUCGAGCGACUUCUCUGCCUCCCAAUGCGUCCAAGCGCGCAUCUACGGAUUCUACCUACACGCGGGAACUCCGCAAGCCUUCAGCACCAACUGGUGCCGAGAGGACGAGAGACUCGACCAUUGACCCUUCAGCGUCUGGGAGUGGGAAAGGAGAGAACACCCGAUCAAGUCGCUCCGAAUUUGUGCAGGGCAACGGUGAGCCGCCGCAGUACUCGGCUCGGCCCAGUUUUACCGACCGGCGAGUUGACCCAGCCGGGAAAGGAUUUGACGGGUUCAAAGAGGGAGGACCGUCGGCCGCCAAGGACCAAGCCUACCCUCCCCGGGAGCGAGGAGAGGGACGGGGCGAACGGAGCCGGGGUGGAUUCCGCGGGCGUGGGGGUCACAACAAUUCAGUCGGUGGCCAUCCUCCACUGAGUGGCUACCCCCCGAGUGCCCAAUAUGCUGUCCAGAAUCUUCCUGGACCACAACAUGGUCCGUACAGCCCGCCGCCUCACCAGAACGCAUUUGGGAAUAGCUUUGGCUCUGCACCUGCCAGAGGUGGCGUCCGUGGCAAUGGGCGGGCAAACUCUGGAUCGACUGGCUUCUCUCGUGGUCCUACAAACGGGGGUGGUCCGGCCUCGAGGCUACCCCACGUCAACACCAACAUUGGGGCGAUGGAUUACCCCAUGCACCCAUAUGGAGGCUACCAAUACCCUCCGACUUUCUACGACCCAAGCACCAUCCAGCUGUUGAUGCUGCAAGUGGAAUAUUACCUCUCGGUGGACAACCUGUGCAAGGACUUCUUCAUCCGCAAGCGGAUGGAUUCCAAGGGGUUCGUGCCAUUGACUGUUAUUUCCAACUUCAACAGGAUGCGGGACCUCGCCCCAGACAUCGAAGCCAUCCGAGCCGCGUGCGAACAGUCGGACAAGAUCGACUACAUUGUUGGAGACGAUAAUGUGGAGCGGUUGAGGCUGCGUGAAAGAUGGGACAGGUUCGUUCUCAACCUGGAGGAGCGCGAGGAAGAUGCACGCAAUGACGGCCCUGUCAACUGGGUUUUCAAGUCGAAGCACAGCCGGGCUUCUUAUUCGGCGCCCAUGAUGCCGACUGCCCCCUAUAUGGCCACUUCCCCAACCAUAUAUCCUUCCAAUUUCCCGGCCGAAGACCAGAUGUACCAGCCCGCGGCCUACAUGAAUGGUGGCCACUACGAGCCAGGCGUAAAUGGUGGAGAGACCAAUGGCCACCGUUAUGCAAUGGACUCCCAACUGUCCGCCACAGUCCCCGAGUUCUCACCCAGUGGACCUGGCCCUUUCACCCUUGAGAGUGUGACGACCUUCUCUGACAAGCAGGUCGAGGACUUAAAGGUGCUCGUCGGCUACAACAACAAAAAGGACGCACCCAACCUAGAUAGCCAAGCACACCCCGCUGUUAAUGGCGCUGUGGAUACUGCGGAUCAUGCUCAAGUAAAUGGCGGUAGCGUCUCACCCCUUCCCGCAGAUGUGUCUAGCCACCCUGCCCAACAAGGUGACGCAACCGAGCCUCGAUCGCCCACUAAUUCCCACCGGAAUGUCAUCUGGGCCAAGCAGCAGAAGGCUGAAGUUUCCGAGCCAGAGGAAGAGCCUUAUCCUGUAUUCCGAAAGAAGGCCCUCGAGCAACGACAGUUUGCCAAGUCGGGCGAGACACCACGGGCCAUGAAGAAUCUCUAUGAGUUCUGGUCCCACUUCCUCAUUGGCGGAUUCAACGCCAAAAUGUACGAGGAGUUCCGCAUCUGCGCUAUCGAAGACGCGUCCAAGGAGAGCCCAAGCAAGGACGGCCUCAGGUGUCUUGUCCAUUACUACAAGGAGCUCUUCUCCCGCGACGCCCCAAAGCCCUGGGGGAGUGACCGACCCAUCCCUGAGAUCUUCACCCUCCAUUACCAGGGAGCCCUGAUGCUCGACCCCAACUUGAGCACCAAUGGUGAUGUCGGGGUCUGAGGAUUGGUCUGCUGGCGGCCACAGAUUCCUACCUCUUUUGGAAUUCUCGCACGGUGGCCUCUUUCUUGGGAGCAUUGAUAGUGGUACCCAGGAAAAGCACCUACCUACCUUUCGUUUCGG